GAGGGGGCGCUGGCAUCGGACAGUCGGUGUCGCGCCAGGCCCCCGCUAGCGGCUAGCCAAGCAAGCAGCAAGCAGUCGCAAUCCCGUCGCCUAACCAGCAUUGCUCGCCUUACCUUUUCACCCUCUUACAAAAUCGCAUUCGAGGCUUCCGUCAGCUGCAUAUAUUUGCCCCGUUCCAUCAACCGGUCCCUCCGACGUCGUCCGUCGUUGCACGUCGUCGCCAUUGCCGCCGCCACCGCCGCCGUUGCCGCUGCUGCUACUGCCGUCGUCAUCGUCGAACACGCAGUACGUCGUCGUUAUUGCUCUCGCAAUCGUCGUUUAGUCGCGCGUGGUUUCUUAGCAGCGGCCGUACUGAAGGGAAAAACGCGAGCGAAUAUAUAAAAAAAAUACGGAAUUCUUUUGUGAUCGAGUAAGCCGAUUAUGAGUUGGAACAGUGCAGCAGUUCACAGCAAGCACGCAUCAUCCGGGCCAGCGUUGUUCAAGUGAGAAAACAAGUUUUCGUGGUUUUUGGUGUCGCGAGAUCCGGCUGAUCGACCGGAACUGUAUGGUGAGAGUAGUAAAACGGAAAGUACCUUUUUCGCCGUUUCUUCUAUCUUUAGUGAGGAAGAGAGCAAGUGCAGCGUCCUUAAAGGCUAUUAAAUUCGCAGCUCGUAUGUUACACGUUCAAAGGACAAGCCGUGUCAUUGUUGAUAUAAGUGCUGACAAAUAAGAUAUAUAUAUAUACAUAUAUAUACAUAUCUUAUAUAUAUGUAUCUACUAUUGGUGUGUUGUUCGUUACCACAGUGAGAAGUUGCAAACUCCAGAAGAACCAACGAGAAGGCUCGCCGACCGCCUAACCUGUCACGGUGACCGACAUCACGGCGAGAUCGCGGCUGAUACCUCCGCGUGUUCCGGCGCAAGAACAGCAGAAUCCGGAGUUCGACCGCGGGAGGAACCAGGAGUGCGCCGAAUAAAUGACGUAAAUCCGAGGAACGGAAACGCAACGUCACUCGCUAACUCGCAACCCCCCUUCCCCCUACCGAACCUCCCCCAUUCUGUCUUUCUCUUUUACCGUUUCCACGUUUCUCCUAUCCCACCCCCCUUCCCUUUGCCCGAUCCAGCACACCACCACGGCCCGACCCUUCCAUCGCAUACGAUCUCCACGAUCCGACACACGACUGGACCCCUGACCCCCUGCCUCUUUACCCGCUUUGUCGCCUACCGCCUUCUUUCGUGCUUACUCUCAAAUCUGCUCCAACCUUCGAGUCUUCUUCUCCCUCCGUUUCUUUCCAACGUUUCGCUCCGACGUUUUCCUCCCAUCCACCGUUCCUCAGCAGUAUCACGCCACCGUUGCUCCUUAUCUCGCCCCCUUAUCUCGCCCCUUCUCCAAGAAGCGCAACCGUGGCUAAGGUGAUCUUUCCGAAAAAUUCGAGAGCUCCGUUUUCUCUUACGGCCUACUACUACUAGUACUACUACUACUACUAUUACUACUACUACCUCCUCGGAGUCGUCCUUCCUCGUCCAAGUAGACUACACACAAGACACGCGUUAGCUUCAGAACCGGCUUGAAGGACACCACGACCGGCUUUUUGACACACACACACACCUCUCUCUCUUUAUAUAUAUAUAUAUAUACAUAUUAUAUAUAUAUAUUAUAUUAUAUUAUAUAUAUAUAUAUAUAUCUCUGUGCAACAAAACUCGAAUGCAGCAACAAUCAGCCUAUAUAUUCGAUAAAGAGCAAAAUCAACGCGUUCCUAGAGAGCAUACACUCGUUGGUCGACGUUUAUAGCUUCUCGAAGGCUUUCAAGCUUUGCCCAAACUACUACUACUUGCUCUAGUUGCUAAAGCGCCCUCCAAAAAGCUCUCCGAGUGCAUCGUGCGAAGAUAAAAGGAAGAUCGAAGCAAGUUGAAUAUCGGUAGGAAGAAUCAAAAAGGAGAGAGAGGAUCUUUCGUGCGCUAGCUUGUCUCUAGAGGCAAAGCAGGUCGACCGUGGCAGAAGCUCGACGCAAAACGCCUAAAAACGCAGAAAAGCCAGAGCGCCUAAUCGCUGACAAUAUACACACAUAAAUAUCACCAUAAAUAUCUUCUACUUCACUACUUCUUUCUCACUGUGAGAAUAUCUUCCUCUGCCAACUUUCCUCGAGUAGAAGGGUGCAACGCGUUCCUCUUCCAGCCAACCGUUUCUACGUGAAUCAUCGAAAGAGUCGAGACGCGACAAUCAACCUACACGUCUACCAAACUAGCUGGAAUUACAAAGUCUCUCGAAAGAAAGAAAAAGGAACGGAAACAGCUCUCUUUCUCUUUUACGCCACCUGGCAAGCACACAGCUAACCGAAACUCGGUCUCUGCGUUACGACUGAACGUACUGCGAUCGAUAACAACUGUGUUUGAUAAAGAGCAGCCAGGCGAUAACGGUGUGUGCGUAUGUGUGUGUGUGUGUGUGUGAUCAUCGGCGGUCUAAAUAUAGUUUAGAAUUUCUCGUAGAACUGGCGCUGACAAUCGCGAGCCUUUUACGCUACGCACGGUGUUCGAUAAUACGCGACAACGAAUCAUAGGCAAUUAAAACGGAGCAGAGGAAAUCGAGAAAUUCAGAGAAGGAAAGGAUAAUCGAGAAGAAACGUGUAACGACGGGUUAAUUCGCGCUCAAACAUACGGAUAAAGUAAAAUCUUCGUUACGUCGUCGAUUACGUCGUCCGGUUUCCGCGAGUUUUUAAUCGUGAUUCAUCUACAAGGAAGAUCGUCCGAGCUCUUGGAAGAUCAUCGACUCGCCGCAGGACUCGUUCAUGGGACAAUAAGAUCGCAUCCUACUGAAAGAAAUACUUCUUGCGUAAGAUUAGCCGGUGCGAGUGAACAAGAUUAAAGAGUCGAGGCUACGUGGAAGAGCAGCAUACGGACAGCCACGGUUUACGGAGGAAGGAGGAUAAACUAGAGUCGGUAGAAAAAACCAGACUUUGUGUUAGUCCCUGCCUAAAGAAAGGAGUCCCGCGAUCUUCCAGGGCCAGAAAUUAUGGCAAUGGUCAACAUGAAUAACCUACUGAACGGCAAGGACUCUCGAUGGCUUCAGCUAGAGGUUUGCAGGGAGUUCCAGCGCAACAAGUGUACCAGGCCUGACACGGAGUGCAAGUUCGCCCAUCCACCAGCUAACGUCGAGGUGCAGAACGGACGGGUCACUGCUUGCUACGACAGUAUCAAGGGCCGAUGUAAUCGCGAAAAGCCGCCAUGCAAAUAUUUCCAUCCACCGCAGCACCUGAAGGACCAGCUUUUGAUUAACGGGCGUAAUCAUUUAGCUUUGAAGAAUGCGCUGAUGCAGCAGAUGGGUCUUACACCGGCCCAACCAUUAGUGCCUGGUCAGGUACCAGCAGUGGAGGCACCGGCACCUCCGGCACCACACCAUCACCUUCAACAGCAAAUCCAGCAGCAACUUCUCGCUACCCACGCCUUUAUGGCGACGAAUCCGUACCUGACUGGUAUGCCUCAAGUUGGCAACACGUACAGCCCGUAUUUUGCGCCCAGUCCGAUCAUGCCAGCGAUCAUGGGCCCGGCGGAUCCAACAGGAGUCGGAAGCCCAUUGGGCGUGGUGCCGCAGACGGUGGCGAUGCCGCAGAAGAUGCCACGUACCGACCGCCUCGAGGUAUGUCGCGAGUUUCAACGCGGGGCGUGCAAACGCGGCGAGACGGAGUGCCGGUUUGCGCACCCCCUCGAGACGGUGCAGGCGAACGAGGACGGCUCUGUGACGGUCUGCAUGGACGCUGUCAAGGGCCGAUGCAAUCGGGACCCCUGCCGCUAUUUCCACCCCCCUCUGCACCUUCAAGCCCACAUUAAGGCCGCACAAUCUCGGGCUAGCAUUGCGACGGCGACUAUGCCGACGAACGUUGCGGGAAUGGGCGCGUUGGCUGGCGGAGUGUCAGGAGUGCCGGCAACUGCGGUUCCCGGAGGACUUCAGAGCGCCAGUAUAGCAAGCAUCGAACUCGGCAAGAAGCGGAUGCGCGACUCCAAUGAUGAUCUGCUAAUGAUGGACAUGAAGUCUGUCGGAUCGUUCUACUACGAGAACUUUGCCUUCCCAGGAAUGGUUCCGUAUAAACGACCGGCGGGCGACAAGUCCGGCAUGCCGGUCUAUCAGCCAACCGGCGCGACGACCUAUCAACAGUUAAUGCAGCUGCAGCAGCCGUUCGUGCCUGUGUCAUGUGAGUACACUGGAACACCACCCCUACCCACUCAAACCUCUAACCAAUCGGUCGUGCAACCCCCGAACGUGCAAAGCAACCACCACGCGGUGGUGGUUCAGUCCUCCUCCUCCUCUCAGGGAACCAGUGGCGCCACAGUGAAUAACUGCGCCGACGCCAACAAUGGCGUGCUGAUGGAUCCCUGCAACAAUCCACCGCCACCACCUCCAACCGCCGACAAUAACAGUAACAAUAGUAGCGGCAAUAACAAGCAGCCGAAUGCGACGCAGAAUCACGACGCGUCAGAAAACGCGCAUAACUCCCCCGAAUUGAAUCACGCGAGUCCCUCGACCAUUUCGCAACAACAACAACAACAACAACAGCAACAGCAGCAACAGCAGCAACAACAACAACACCAACAGGCACAGCAUCAACAGCAACAAGCUCAGCAGCAACACCAGCAGCAGCAACAACACCAGCAUCAACAGCACCAGCAACAUCAAUUACAACAGCAACAGCAACAGAUACAGAAUCAAUUGGCAUUGUCAGCUGCUUCCGUGCAGCCCGCGAUGAGUCCAUUGACUUCAGUCGCUGGUCUGAGCUCGAUGCCAGGCGUGGUUAACAUGGCCUCCAUGGCCUCCAUGACGAACGUACCAUCGGUCACGAAUAUGGUAUCGAUGCCCAACUACAAUGCCUCGAACGUGGCUGGGUUGAACAUGCUCAACAGCCUCGGCAUGGCUUCCGGAUUGCCUACGCACCUUGAUCCUGCCGCUCUCGCGAAAGAGGUCGCCCAGAAGAAUUACGCGAAAGCCAUUAAGCUGUCUCAGGCGUCGCAAUCUUACGGUAUUAAUCAGCUUACCGCCCUGAAUUAUACCGGUGUAGCUUUGAACAAACAAGCUCUGGUGAAUCCAGCCGCGGCAGCUGGAAGUGCAGGGGUCGCCGGAUUACCGGCGACAACGGCGACACCUAGGCCGGUGAUUCCGAACCUAGCGGGGAUUCCCGGCGCCUUGGCCUCUCCGCUCUCCGCUGGAAUCUUGGCCUACUCGAGACCACCCACCGGCGCUCCUAUCAAUCCUUACUCUUUGAUGAGGCAACAGAUCUUGCCAAAUCCUUACGUUCAAGCCUCGAUACCUGGGGUUCCUGGCGCAGCGGCCGCGGUCCAAGGUAAUCCUUACGUCCAAAAUCCCUACACGGUUCUACCGGGUGUCGCCAGCAUGCCUGGAGUCGCGGCUGGCGUCGCGGCGGCUGGUGUACCGGGUGUCCCACAGAUACCGCAGAUUCCAAAUCCGGCGACGAUCGCGGCGCAACCGCAGGUUGCUAUUCCAGUCAGCUCGGGCGUGAUCAUGCAGCCGUACAAAAAGAUGAAGACCUCGUAAAUGAAUUUCGUCGGACGUAUGGAGAGGGGGCAACGCGUUUCUUCCUCUUCCACGUCUAACGAACGUUAUGGUUCCUUCUUCUGGGUCCUCUGCGUCCUCUCUUUCGAAUGGGAACGCCGCGUGCCGACUCUUUCGGAUCUUCUUCGUGGUCUGGCGAUCUUCGAGAUAUCAGGGCCGAGGAGUUUUUUUCGUGUGUGUUAAUUUUUAUUCGUUUGACGUAGCUACGUAGAGUGACUCGUAGAAUAUGGAAUUGGAUAUCGAAGAUUAGAUCAACGUUGCCGACCUAUUUUUUCAUUUAGCGCGAAAGAUAAAUACGGAGUUUAGCUAGAUAUAAACGUGUGUCGUUGUAGCGUACAAGGAAUUGAAUAUGUAAGGUGAACGCGACCGUUCCUGUUGAUGAAAGAGAGAAUUAUACAGCGAGCGGAUGCGAAACGAGAAAUGAAACGUCGAAAUAAGCGAUGAGAAACUCGCAACAAAGAAAUAAACAAACAAACAAGAGUUCCGAAAAAUGUAGAUUCAUUUUCUAGUCAGACAUUGUCGGUGAACAGUGCCUUAUCGACUCGAUUCCACUUGGAGUGUUUCGUAGACAUGUGUAACGCUUAUACGCGACGAAUAGAAAAUAACGAUGCGAGAACUUUUGACGAAUACGAUUCAACCUUUUUUCAUUUCUAACCCGUUUCGUUGUGGCGAAAGUAGCAAUGCUGAAACUUCCACGCACGGCGGUUCGAUUUGAUCGUUUCGCGUUUUAUUUUCCCCAUUCUUUUAUCUCUAUUAUUUUCUGUUUUAAAUAGAGCAACUCGAUACGAAGACUUGCCAAUUGCACGAGCCAUCGAAAUAAGUUUUUAAUCGCGACUAUCGCUUCUUGUUUCUCAUUUUUAUUUUCUUUUUUUUUUUUUUUUAAACACGCUCCAGCUGUACACUAUUAAACGCAUAACGUUUCUUUAUUUCCUUUAUUUGUAGCUUCGAGAGGAAGAAAAAUGCGAGUGAUUUUACUGCUGUAGCGUACGUUAUUUUGUACGAUAAGUAUUAGGAGUGAGACGAAAAAUUUAUUGAAAUUUAUACCGCGUGACACCACGUAAUCCUUUGUUUUUUUUUUUGUUCAGAAUAUUGUUUCGUUUGUUGUGACCUAUCGAAGAAAGAAUAUCGUUCCUUCGUCAGAUCAUCAGAUCGAUUAUUGUAUUCUAUAUAUAUAUAUAUAUAUAUAGGUGUUUGUUCUAUAUUACGUAUAUAAUAUAUUCUAUAUAUUUUUUAUUUUCUACGUGAAGAUGGACGGAAGCGAUGCUCGGCCUAAGCCACGUUACGCGGGUACACGAAACUUGCCUUUUUAAGUCAUAGAAUAUUGUUAAUCCCGUCGUAAUCUUUUCAGUUGGCCUGUUGAAGUCCAUUCUGAGUCGAUUACCGAUUAAUGUUAACUUAAUUGCUUGCGUGUUAUUAAAAGUACUGCAGUCCUACGUGAAAUAUUUACAGAGGCACCGGAAUUCGCGUACGCUGUAGCACAAAACUAUUCGGACACUUGUUCUUUCUUAGUACGCGGUAAAGAAUGAUACGAGUUUUUAAAACUAACGUGCAAUAAUAAGAAUUGUUCUGUUAUUCAAAAUUAUGUCCAGAUCGUUUGAUUCCUGAGCUGUGAGUCGGAUAAGAAAAAUUUUUUUAAAUCAGAAUAUUUGACAAUGUAUAAGUUGUUGUAUUAACGUGUCUUGUUGUUAAUUUUAUUGUUGUCUCGUAAGAUAAAUUUAUAAUCUGUCAGCUACCAGGAAAUUUAUAAUUUUAGCUACGUAUAUUUUCAAUAUUUGUCGCGGCAACGAACAGCGCUUUUACCUUUCAGGCAAAAGUGCCUGAAUACGUAGAUCUAUCAAGCACGUAAGAAAAGAAAACGCUUGAAAUUCGCAGGUAUAACGGGAACUUUUCCCACUCGCCGUGAACAAUGACACACAUAAGUCGUAACAUUCGUUAUCACGAAUCUAGCCUAGCGUCAGAAAAGUGGUUGCCACUGCGAAUAUUUCGCGUUAGUCUGCGUUCAAUUCUUUAUAGUCGAAGUCUGUGGAAUUUUAUUCGCUAUAUAUUGUUCGUUUAUCGUUUCUCAGAUUUUAAUUAUUUUUAAUUAUUUAUCAUAGGUUACUGUUAAAGAAACGGAGAGGCGGAGCGGAAAAGAAGGAAAACAGUGAGACAAAGAGAAACGAAUUUUCAUUCUUUACGAAUCUUACAUUUACUUUAGUAAGGAUAAUCGUACUUUUUCAGCAUCGUUUCGCCUUGAUAAUUAAAUCAAAUAAUUAAGCGCGUCGCGACGUUUCAAAACCGCCGAUCAUUGAUACUUGAGACUGGUGUCAUCGGAAUCGUCACUGAAAUUUCUACCGAUCCGAACUCCGCCCCUUCCACUUAGUUUUAGAAAUUAAUUGCAACUAUUAUACUAACGUAUGUGUCCUAGAAACACCUUGCACAUCGAUGAGAUUGAAACAGAAACGCCGUCGUGUUCCGGGCGAUACUUUUAAACUCGCACGAUUAACGUACGUGCAUAGAUUUUAGCAAACAGACUUCGUCCUGUCUUAUUUUAUCUAGCGCUAUGAUUGUACACACACAGCCACACACUCGCGCGCACACACAUACAUACAUACACAUACAUACAUAUAUAUAUUUAUCUAUUAGUAUAUAAUAGCGUGUGAAACAGCUGAAGACAGUCUGCGCUGUCUUUUACGUAUUCAAUUCGGGGGAGUAUAAUUUGCAUACAGUGAACCUCGUCAAUUGCAACUCACGAGCUUAUGCAUUUAGCCGAGAGGGAAAACGAAAAACGGAAAAGAAAAUAAACCGAUCGGUAAGGAAAAUACAAAAAGGGCGUAACGCGGAGUGAUACGAUGGAAUUAACGAACGAUUAAGAGAAAAUCGAUUAAAAUACGAAAAAAAAAGGGAAAAAUAACAGAAAAAGACAUGCAUUUACGCGAUUAGCGGAUACGAAUAGAAAAAAAAAAAACAGAGACGAAACCACGCAUUAAGGAAAAGGCUGAAUUCGAGAGAAAAGAAGAUACAGGGAGGAAGACGAGAGGAGGCUCUCGAUAAUUGUUGUAACGAAGAAAAGGACAAAACAAAAAGAAAACACUUACGCAAAAGAGAAACGUAUAUGAAACGAGUUCACAUGCGCAUUAAUGGUACACGACCGCACAAAAACGUUCAACAAAUACGCGCGAGUAAUCGUCAAGAGGACAAAGAAAUAUAUACAUUAUAUAUCUAUACAUGCAUACGCGUUAAAUAUAAUUAGCAUACAUAUAUAUAUAUACGAUAUAUAUUUGCGCACUUCUUAUCGAACAGUAAUUAAUUCGAGUACAUGAAAGAGAAACAUGACCGAAAAUACGGUUAUGUUACGCGAAAAAAAAAAAGGAAAUAUCGCUCGCCGAUGAGUAAAAGAAAGGGGAGACAGAGGAUUUCUCUGUCUUGCGUAUUCGUACUUGUGUCUACCAGUGAUUUGAAAGUUCGUUUAGUCGAAGUAGCGAUUACGCUGAUUACAAUGAUGAGGAUGAUGAUGAUGAUGAUGAUACGAUAAUAACUAACGAUGAAAAAAGAAAUAUAUAUAAAUAUACGUAUAUUAUAUUUAAACAUAUUGUAGAUCUAUAUAUGUGUGUAAAUAAUAAUUUUCUCUACGUACGAAGGAAUAAACAAGAGUAUAUUGUAUGUAUAGAUAUUCAUAUAUGUAUUGUAUAUAAGUACAUACAUAUUAAAAUAUUCACUGGCAUAUACAGUGAAGAGGAGAAAGAGGUUAAAGAAAUCAGAUAAGAGUAGCUGUGGAGUACGUGGUACUACGUGAUGGCGAUUAUUUAAACAAAAUUGGAAUUAGUAUUUUUGUAACCAGGAAUUAGUUUCCUUUGAUCCGUACGGCAUUGGUAAUUGUCAAGCGAAUUGUAAAAAAAAUUUUGUUAUUCUCAUUUUGUUAAAAGUUUAAAAAGAAAGUAGGAAGUUGUCGAGUAUCUGAAAGAGGAAGUUCGCGAACGCGUGUUCUCGUUUCCUCCCGGUUCCUUUCGUUUUGGCCGCGAAAUUCGAAGGCAAUUUUUCUGCUGCGAUUGAAAUAGAGUAUACUAUAUACAUACUUACAUAGACACAGAACAUAUGUACACACAGAACAUAUGCACAGAAUGUGCGCGCAAAAUACGACACGCACAAAACGUCGAGACGAUUCGUGGUCGAUUUUUACGGCAUCCUCCCAUUACGGGAGCAACAUUGUUCAGGAAACACGGUCUUCCAUAGCGACAGAGUGUAAACGCGGUUAUUUUGUAUUGACAGGCGAAACAUAGAGAAAGAGAUUGUCGUUAGUUUCGCGGCCAAAGGCGAAGAAACUCUGGAAGAAAGCAAAAUGAUAAUUCGUUGUGAUGGUACUUUUUUGAUGUACAUAUAACGCUGACAAAUACGUAUUCGCAGAGGACACGCGACAUGUAUACACGUACUCUGGCAUACACCUUGCCAUUUACAUCUUUACACACACACAUACACAUACACACACGCACACACAGAUACGGAUGCAGGGUGUAUCUCGUAAAUAUCGCAAUUCGUACGUAGACGUAGAAAACUUUACAGCGAGCAAAUCAAAAACCACGCUGGAAAAUUUAAAACUAAAGAAUUGUCAUAUAAUACUUCGUUCUUUUUAAAUACAUCGGACUACUUAUUUGUCUUAUCGAGAGAAAAUAUUUUCUUGCUAAAAGAUUCUAAAACACGAUAGUUGAAAUAUAAAGACUUUCGCGCAACAUAUCGCAUCUUGCUGUAGCUACGCUAAACCGAAUAUCUCUUGAAUAUCGUGCUAGUACCGUUGGAUACACCCUGUAUACAGAGAUACGCGAAUAACGUAUCGAUAUACACGGUUCGUGAAGGAAUUCGAACGGCCUCGAAAAUGCCUCGCACAGAGGAUGCGCAUAAGUAUCGUAGGCGUAUUUCCGGUUUCUAACGAGUCACGCACAUGAACCGACAACUCUAGGGUUCCUCAACUCGCUGUUCACACUUGUACGUACACUACCGAGAGGGUGGCUGGAUUUUUCCUAGAUCCUCAGCGAAAUUCUGGAACUGCAUCUUUCUGCGAGUUCGAUUGUUCAACCGAUACAGACGCGAUCGAUAUGCCUGUGCGGUAUCGAUGUAGAAAUUUCAAUAUUUUUUAAAUAUUCGAUGAUAAUUUUAUAAAUCUUUUCCCUUCGUUUAUUUUCUUGCUUUUUAACUUUUAACGGACAAUCAUCGACGAAAGAAUACGCAGUGCCAAACUUUCCACGAGGUGUCGAUCGAAAAACAGCGCAAGUGCCUUCCCCUUGCACUCGUACACCGUUGCACACAAACGACACACGUGUACUAGAGUAUACAAGAGUAAACUGGAGAAAAACACAUUAAAAAAGCAUCCAACGUCUAAUAUACAUAUAUAAUACUUACAUGAUAUAUAAUAAUUAUAUUUAUAUUAAAUACGAACGUAAGCAUACCUAUUGAUUAAUGUUGCAUCUGCAUAGAUAUCGUGCAACGAAAAAAAGUAGUCGGUAUAUGUCGCAAGAUAAUCGACCAUCGUUGCUAAGGUGGUAACCAUAUUAUAUUACGAACUAUGCCGAUCUAUUAUACAUAUAUACAUAUUAUACAUAUAAAAUGUGAAUUAAGGAUUAUAAACGAUAUAAGAAAGAAAUCCACGUUUCACGGCGUACUACAUACAGAUAGUAUUUAUUAUCAUGUACCGUUUUGUCUCUGAUUUUUUCAAUUAUACUCGUACGUUAUUUCAUGCACGCCACGUCGAAAAAUCGAAUGUCGAAAUAGUCGUGUAUGCAAUCGUCUGAAACGACGUCGGAGGAACGGAUUACAGUCUCUUUGACGCUAUUAACGUUAUACCAGCGACAACCUCGGGAACGUAAAAAGAAUGUAGAAAGAAAGAACGUAGAAUGUCGACGAACGAGAAAGAUGCGAUUUAACGAUUGUAAACGGAUUCGAAGGAUUUCUUGACCAUUUGUAUGCGUGUUGGUGUUCACAUGAGUCACACAUGAUUAUGAUAUACACAUACAUAGACAGAUACAUAUACCUACACAUGGACACGUAGGUUCACGUUGCACGAUAUCGUCACGUCCAUGAAAGCGAAACGAUAAUGAUAACCGCGAGACGAGAAAAUUCGUCCUAUGAGAAUAGAGGAGAGAAAAAGAAAAAAGAACGACACGUCAUUCAUUUUCCAAUGUCGAGGAAUCGAAUUAACAGUUAUCGAUGGAUUAAUAACUACGUUACACGUACAUACCAUAGAAUACGAUAAUACGAGUAUAUGAUAUAGCCGCGUGUAGCCUGCGUCGUCGACUCACAGAUAAACAGCAGAAAAAGAAUAUACACGUUUAUGAAUCGAGAGAAAAUAAGGGAUAGUAAGGAAAGAGCUAGUGUUAGGUAGAAAACAAUUUAAUACGAGAAGGAAAAAAACACGAAAUUUUAAGAGAACGAAUGAAUAUGAAACGAUGAUGCAAAUGAGUCUUCGAGGUCCCGAAUGCGUUUUUGCGCGUGCACGCUCACGGGGUUUGUCAAGGAGUCAGCCAGUAUUUGUAAUAAUAAUGCUUGAGAAAUGCAUGAAUAUUUGUUUUAUUAAUGCUUCUUAUUUCAUCUCUUUCUAUCGAAACGAAACUUCCCGAGAACUCGCUAAUCCCUUGUAAUAUUUAUAUCUAUAUAUAUAUAUAUACAUAUACGUUAUAUAUGUUAUAUAUGUAUAUGUAUACAUAUACUCAUGUAUUACUCGAUAUUGCGCCCCUAAUAGCUCACAGUCUUAGCCUCGCUUCCUGCUUCCCUUGUUUUUAAUAUCCUUUGACAAUCUGUUCGACUUGGUGCUUGUAUUGUUACUUACUUUUUCAGCGUUCUUUUUUUCAAAUUUUUUUCUAGUAUUUAUCUUCAAAUUUAUCGAUCAAUUUUCAAACGUAGCAUUCUUUCGCAAUUUAUUUAGCGUUCGUGGAAAAUCGAAUUAUCGGCAGUGACCCAAUUAUCAUUUUCAAUAUUUCAUGUAUUUCGUUCGCCGGUGUUUCAAUUUCGUUUAUCAUUUGCGCGAUUUUAUUUCUGCGAUUAUUUAUUUCGAUUCGUUUUCAAAGCUGUUCGCGUACUCGAUGGAUCAAAAGAGAGAGGAGAGUGAAAAAGAAAGUGAUUGUUGAAUUUGUCGUGGAAAUUGUUUUUUCCGCCUCGCUUCAAAGGGCGCACACAUUAGAAUUUAGACGAUGCCAAGCACACGGUCGUUUUCUGAAACCUUGUAUGUAGACGUUAGCCGCUUCUUUAUUAUGACGGACGCCGUCAAAGCGAGCGUACAGCUCGCAUUUUCCCUUUUUUUUCUUUUUUUUUUUUUUUUUUUACUACUCUCUAUUUCUUUCUCGUCUCUCUAAACGUAAAAUUACGUUAUAUACAUAUGUACAGAUAUAUAUCCUAUAUAUGUACUGUACAUCUAUAUAUAAAUGUUCCUGACCUUUCCGCCUCUACCACAGCUUCUCCUGCGCUUUAGUUGCGAAAUUCAGAGACACAGAGGAGUAACGUCUAGGUAUAUUAUCCGUAUAUCUUGUCACGUCGAAUUACCUCUCCCUCAUCCACGAUUUUAUCAACAAUCGCCACAUUAGAGAGAGUUCUCCUCUCCUUCCAUUAGGAUUUUACUAAUAAUCGUCGAGAAGAAGGUCGAUACGAAACAUACGAAUUGCGUGUACGUUGUGCUUCCGAUCGACUGUCUUUUAAAAUUAUCUUCUUUAAAAUUAGAAUUAAAAGAAGUCAUUUGGAAAUAUAGUUUUUUAGCCAAAUGCCAAAUAGACAAAGUAAGAGAAAGUAAGUAAUUAACGUUUCGAAGAAACACGUUGCAAGAUACGUACGCCUAAGAGGCAGAGGCGAGAAAGCCGGAUUUAAUGUCAUCGAAUUAGAUCGAAAUUGCACGAAGAAACAUGGGACAAUCUGAUACGGAUAAUCGGCGAUCGAACGAGAAACGUAGAAAGGAAUGGAAAUCGACCUUCUUCGAAGUAACUUCCGAUCCAAGUAAUCCACCUUUGCGUUCGGUCGGCUUCUUAUUCAGCUUCGAUUAUUAUAUUAUUUCGCCGCUAUCUCGCCUGUGUAAGAAAUUCGCGCGUGUGCCUACUGAAUUGUUUUGUAAUUGCUUGGCACAUGGAGAGAGACCUUUGCAACACGAAUCGAGUCUCGGUAAACCAGAAGCAAAACCGGGUAUUACCGAGAGAUCGUGAUUCCAAAGGGUGUGUUACCGAAACAGGCUGUAUUCAUGCAUCUCUAUUUACAACCUAUGUAUAUUUUAUACAUAUCUCUAUACAUACAUAUAUAUAUAUAUAUAUAAUAAUCCACGCUUUUGAUCGCAUCAAGUAUAUAUAUAUAUAAAUAUACAUAUAUAUAUACAGUACUAUAACGCGCCGAGGCCUCCUCACCUGUUUCGAUCGCUUUAAAAAUUGCCUUGCGAUUCAAAGGCGAGAAGAGUGCUACGCAGAAUUGUUCGGCGAUUUCACGAAUCUUAACGCUACGCGACGUUCUGUGUCAUCGAAACUAUAAAAUGAACGAAAGAGAUACGAAAAAAGACUAUAAGAAUGCGAAAUAGCAAGUGACGAAAAAAGAAAAAAAGUAUCGGUGUCAGAAUGAGAGAAAAUAUCGAUCGAUCGAACGAUCGAUUCUUUCCUCGUCGAGGAAUACGCUAUUCGUUUUCAUUAUCGCGACGCUACUUUUCGAAUCAUUCGUUAACCACGCAUAUAUGUAUAGGUAUAUGCCGAUGAUUUUCAUCAUAGUAUAAGAGUGACACGAAACGUACGCGCGACUCCGCGCGGCCGCGACCAUUUCAGACAAAAAAAGAAAAAAUAAACGCGAAAAGUACUCGUCGAUGCCAUUACAUAUCGCGAAUACGUAAAAUAAAUGUUCAUGGCACCGCACGAACAGAGCUGGAGCAAAUUAAGCCGGAGCUGCACUCGAAUGGCCAGGACGAUUUGACCGAUGGUUUAUCGCCGCACUCUAACGUCCAACGUAUGACGGCCGAUCGGUGGAUAUGAAUGGACAGAACCGAUUCCCCCUGUCGUCCAGCGUAAUUUCGUUUUGAAUAUCUUGAAAUACGACUCGAGCGAUCAGACUAUUAGCUUGAACGAUACGUUCGAACGGAACCAACCGAACGCACCGAAAAUUAUGAUAGAUGCUUUCGAAGAAAAAGACAAUAUAUAGAUAUACGUAUAUCGUGUUUGGAUAUCGGGUCAAAUCGUAGUUCUGUCUAAUCUGUAUACACCUGUGUCGAUAUAGAAACCGAUGUGAAGCACUCUUUCCGAUGUAAGUAUCGCAGUAGCACUUUAUUUUGUCGCAUAUGCAAGCUUCAAGCACCUCGACGCUUCACGAUUAAUUAAUUCGUAAUAAUCUCGUUUUACCGAGCGAGACUGUUUCUUUAGACGCGUAUAUACAUCGCUUCUUCUCUGUAUUUUGAUUAGCGCGCACGUAGUUAUAAAUAUAUAUCGUACAUUUUUUUAACGGCUUUCAACACGCGACACGCGUUUCGUAGAUAAAAGUGACAUCGAUGGCUUGUGCUCGUAUCUUUUUUCUCUGUAUCUUUCACCGCCUAUCAUGUACGAACGAAAUAAAAAUUGUUUCUUUGCUAUAUCUCUUUA